AUGGACAAGCUUGUAUCUCAGAGCAGGUUAAAUUCCCUAUACAAAGAUUUCAGACCCUUGAAGGAACUAAACUUCGACGGUUAUGUUGCUAAUGUCAAUGAUUGGCAAAACUAUUUACUGAAAAAAUAUUUCCCUAAGCAGGAUAAGAUCUGUGUCACUAUUGGUACGAGAUUCCUUCAGGAUAUUAGUGACAAGAAAUAUGGAGCUCCCGCGAGUAUAGAUGUUGUAAUCGAUAACCUGAUUCAGGAAAACAUUUUAAUUAAAUUAGAUGAAUUCAAAAACAGUGCUACAAAAAGGGAUGAAAAGACAAUAACAAGGAUAUUUUCAUGGAUUCAUGCUUCUUCAAUAGGUAAGCUGAAUAGAUAUCAAUCCCGAAAGAAUGACAACGCUACAAAUUAUUUGAAACAGGACACAUUUGUGAUUAGGCCUCUCCUAGAGGAGAAAUUUACUAAAAUCUACGACAUCAUCAGAAAUAAUAUUCUUGCCAAAGCUACCACAGUAUGUGAUUUGAUAUUUCCUCUAGAAGAUUUUAUCGAUUUUUCAGGUAUAUCUUACACUUUGCCAAGUGAUUCACUUAUCGAAUGGGAGGUAAUGUUAAAUUAUCUAGAGUAUCACAAAAAUACGAUAACCAGGAAAGAAAAUAUAGUAAAGAUUAUUGACCCUCUAGUAGAAAGUAUAUAUAAACAAUUUGGUGUGGAAAUCACAGAAACUGACCAGAGUAUAGCAGAAAUUAAACAAUGCUUUACUAACAUCGAAAACGCAAUAGAGAAAUAUGAGAUAGAGGUUUAUGAAUAUAAGAUGAAACUAAAAGGAGAUGACUUUAAGAAACUAACGAAAAUAGCUCAGACGGAGUAUAAACGAGGAUACUUUUUAGCUCAGAAAAUGCUACUGAAAUUGUUCAAGUUUAGAAACAAUCUGGUAGAAGUGAAGUAUCAAUUGGAUAUGAGUGUCUCAAACUUGGUACUAUACAAGACAUUACAAUCUUCAAAUAAAAUAAUUACAACGAUAAAUGGCAAGAUAGGUCCCGCAGAAAAAGUACAUGAUUUGCUUGAAGAAAUCAGAGAGAGGUCAACAGAUAAUGAAGAGAUCACAAAAGUUCUAUCAAUGGAAAUAUCGAAAUUUGACGAUGAUGAGUUGGAUGAGGAGCUAAAAGAAAUGGAAAAGGAGCUUGCAGGUCAAGAGAUAUCUAAAACUCAGAGCGAAAAGAACAAAGAAGAUGAUGAAAGUAAGAUUCUCGAACAAUUAGAGAAUUUGAACAUCAAAGAUGAACAAUCAUUAAACGUAGUUAACAAUAAUUCAAAUAAGAAACAUAAUGAGAAAUUUAUGUUACGGGAAGAAGCAGCGUAA